AUGACCCGGCGGGUACCCCAAACGGCAGGCUUCUGCCUCCGGCGACUACGAUAUCAGCCAUCUAUCCCCCAAAGAAGCUGUGCAAUCGCAGUACAAAACUUCUCGACAACCUCGAGGAAAAAUGCGACAACUGCGACAGCUCCAAAGCCUGCUGGCGUUCAGGUGCCCGUCGAUUUCGCCCCAACGACCAAGCCCCCCAGCGCACGACCAACAGAGACGAGAAAGAGUCAAAUGAUCCGAACAUACACUUCGAUGCUACGGACUACACCUCUAAUCCUGUUUUUCCAGCACAGCAACAUCACUGCCGAGGAAUGGGCGGCCGUCAAAAGAGAGCUCAAGAAGGCAUUAGAGGCAGUACCAGCUACGACCAGCCUGCCAGGCUCCGCACCCGUGAACAUCUCACCCCACGUCAAGCUCGAGGUGGUGCGAACCAACAUGCUCAACGUUGCGCUCAAGAUUGUCGAGUUCCACGAUCCAGAGGCUGCUGCUGCUAAAGCCACCACCGCCCGAACAUCUCGAGGCCCCAUUGUCCACGAUCUCUCGGAAGCCGCCUACGAGGCUAUCAACAGGGACAUUCCCGAGGAUUCAGCCUACGCUCAGAUCCAACCCCUCAUGGUUGGCCCUCUGGCUACUCUCGUCAUCCCGGCAGUCUCGCCCGCACACCUCGCAGCGGCGCUCACCGUCCUGUCGCCAGUUCCAGGGAAAUUCCCCGGCCCAAAGAAGAAGAAAAGCCCUGGGUACCACGACCCAACCUGCCAAAACGGCCUAGCAAAGCUUCUCCUUGUUGGUGGACGCAUUGAAGGCCAAAUCUUUGACCAAAGUGGCGUCAACUGGGUUGGUGGCAUCGAGGGUGGUCUCGACGGACUCCGCGCUCAGCUUGUGCACGUGUUGCAAAGCGCUGGUCUUGGUCUCUCGACCGCUCUUGAAGGUCACAGCAAGAGCCUGUGGCUCACUCUUGAAAGCCGCAAGACCCAGCUGGAGGAGGAGAGUGGAGAAAAGAAGACGGAGUAA